AUGGAGAACAAAAAUGGCACAAACUGGUUGGUGUCGGUCCCCGGAGGAAUCAGCCAUUUAUGCCACGAGAUGCAUCCGGCCCACCCUUUUGGUAUCGGAGUUUUCUAUGGAGAUGACCCUUUCAGAUACUCUAUUCCCAUUAUGUUAUUGGAGAUCUCUAUGUUGAUUGUGAUUAUUCGCAUUCUUCGAUUUGUUCUCAAGCCACUCCGACAACCCAGAAUCGUUUCUGAGAUUCUUGGUGGAAUUAUAAUGGGGCCUUCUGUUUUAGCCAGAAGCAAGAAGUUCCGAUCAUAUAUGUUCCCACAAAGUUCUGAUUUUGUAUUGAAGAAUCUUGCAGUUAUGGGGUUCAUGUAUUUUCUGUUUAUAUCUGGAGUUAGGACGGACAUGACUAUAGCAACAAGGGCCAGAAAAAAGCAUUGGGUCAUUGCACUGGUUAGUGUUUUUGUUCCAAUAAUAUGCACAGCAGCCUUAGCGAUCCCUCUUCGGAAAUCCCUGGGGAAAGAACUUGCUAAAGCUUCAUCUAUUCUGGGUACUUCCACUCUGUUUGCUAUGUCCGCGUUUCCUGUCCUUCAGCUUAUAAUCAAAGAGUUCAACCUAUUGAGCUCCGAAAUUGGACGUUUGGCCAUGUUAAUAGCCGUGAUCAGUGACGUUGUAGGAAUAAAUUUUGUAGUUGUGUUUGAGGCAGCAAAACAAGAAGAAGGGAAAAGUUCAGCUGCUAUAUGGUAUGUCAUUUCCUUGGUCGCAGUUAUGGCGUUGAUAUUUGGCGGGCUACAUUUAGCCAUGCUCUGGAUCAUUAAAACAACACCGGUAGGAAAACAGGUGGAUCAAAUUUAUGUGAUUGCCAUAUUGCUCGGCGUUUUGGUCGUGGGAUUUGUCACGGAUAUGCUCGGCAUAGCCAUAGCGAAUGGACCUCUCUGGCUUGGAUUGGCUGUCCCUGAUGGCCCUCCACUGGGAGCAAUUUUGUUGGAGAAGAGUGAGAUGAUAGUCAUGGAGCUUUUCAUGGCAUUUGCUUUCACGUAUGUUGGAUUGCUAACUGAUGUUUCAUCAAUGAGUGCCGAAUGGGCGGGUCUGCAGCCGAUUUUCCUCAUGGCCGUGGUAGGGUUCUUAACCAAAGUUAUUGCGACUAUGUUGGCUUCACGUUUCUUUGGUAUUUCGUGGAAGGAGAGUUUAGCUCUUGGUCUUAUACUUAAUCUAAGAGGUCAAGUGGAACUCUUGUUGUUCAUCCACUGGAUGGACUUUAAGAUGAUCACAAUUCCAUAUUUUACAAUGCUGGUGCUGAUGACAACCGUGGUGACUGCUGUUGCAACGCCAUUGUUCAGCAUACUGUAUGACCCAACGAAGCCUUACAGAGUAAACAAGCGAAGAGAUAUCCAACACAACCCCCUGAAUUCAGAACUCCGCAUUGUGGUGAGCAUUUUUGAUGAAGAAAGCGUGACUGGAAUUAUUAAUCUGCUUGACAUAUGCAACCCCACAAGAAGUAGUCCAUUCGGCAUCUAUGCUUUGGAGCUCACUGAACUGAUUGCUCGUGCUACACCAAUUUUCAUAGAUCACGAAAAAGAAGGGGCCGACACUCAGCUCCCAAUGCAAAGUCCAAUCCAUAGAGCAUUUAUGCUUUUUCAGGAGUCUAGAUCUGAUGAAGUUAAGAUGUAUCAUUACACAUCAAAAACUGCCAAGAGAAGCAUGUACCAGGACAUUUGUGAGCUUGCUUUGAUUAAAAAAGCUUCUUUUAUUAUCCUGCCUUAUCAUGACGAGCAAGAAGAUCAUGCAUCUGAGCUGGAGGGAUUGCUACUGCCGAAAAAAGCGCAAUCGGUACAGUCUGAUGUUUUAUCACAUGCCCCUUGCUCAGUUGGAGUUUUUGUACAUAGGGGGUCUUCUUCCAACAAUUUUGUCAAUGAUCAGGGGAUGAACUCUGCAUAUCACUUUGCUGUUAUUUUCUUGGGUGGAGCUGAUUCUAGGGAAGCUCUUACUUUUGCAGAGAGGACUACUAGAAAUCCUUUCGUGUUCCUUACUGUCGUUCGGUUUCUUUCACAAGGUGAUGCAGGAGAUGAUAGGAUGGAAAAGAAGCUAGAUGAUGGAGUAGUAACGUCGUUUUGGGUGAAGCAUGAGGGGAACAAUCAAAUCAAUUACCGGGAGGUAGUUGUAAGAAAUGGGGAAGAAACUGUUGCUGCUAUUCAGUCAAUGAGCAACAGCAACAUUGAUCUGUGGAUUGUAGGAAGGAAGCAUGGAAUUAAUCCCUAUUUACUACAAGGUUUAUCUGAGUGGAGUAAGCACGACGAACUAGGAGUUCUAGGAGAGUAUCUUGCUUCCUCGAAUUUAGGUGGCAGAGCCUCUAUUUUAGUAGUUCAGCAGCAACUUUUGAGAGGCUAG